AGGUUAUUGUUUGCCAGAUUCAAUUCCAAAGCGCAAUGAGCGGUCGCCGCCCCUUGAUUUGCGCACUCUCAGUGCUUCUCUCUGCUGGCCUGCGGCAAAAUGCCGACGCGCCUUCCGCACUUCAAACGUCCAGCAAAACCGCAGAGCCGAGCUUUGAUCUUUGCGAAGAUGCCUUGGCGAAGGCUAUUGAUUUUGAAGCGAUGAGCGAGGAGGCCGAGCAGGCGACUGAGAUUGAUGAAGACGCCUGCAUGGCAACAUGUACCUCAGCCUGCACCAACAAAUGCGUCUAUGAGCCAACCAUGAACCAGAUGCAGCAAGACCUGCAGAGGAUUGCCGGCUCAGCCGUAUCAGGCCUAAGCUUCAUACCAUGCAACGUGACCUUGAAAGUCGCUGCUGCUGAAAAGCACUUUGAGACGAGUUGCCUUUCCGCGUGCACGACUUCCCCGGAAGUGCGGGAGCAGUACAUCUCGCUGCUGCGUGAUGAUGUCAGCAGUGGCCUUUGCGCCGAUGUUCCUGAUGAAGCUCAGGAUGAAUGCAGUGUCGAAAUGGUAGUUGGCUGAGACACUGAGAGGGCAGGGUGCUCUUUCGAGAGAAGGUCUGUUUUGCGCCAAUG